AAUAGAGAAAUUGGGUCAAAAUUUAGAUAGUUAUUGAUUUAAAUCCGUAAACCCUCAUUCAUUCCGAGUCAAGUUCUCUUUCAGUAUCCCUCUCUCAUUCGUAUUGUGUUUUCUAUUUGUUCUUUGUUUUCUCUUAUGAUCUCAUAGCAAGGCCCAUGUGAAUGUGAAAGUUGAUAAGUGGAGAAUUCUGGAGUUUUGUGGAGGCUUAGCAUUUUAACUUGGCAGGUUUAUAUUUUGAAAGAAAGAAUGACACUUUGAUAAUAGCUUCUUGGUUCUGUGCACUUGAAGCAAUUUGGAAUCAGGUUGUUUGGGGAUUUGUUUAGUGAUGGAGUGCAAUAGAGAAGAGGCAAUCAGGGCCAAGGGGAUGGCUGAGAGUAAGAUGCAAAACAAGGAUUUUGGUACUGCUCGUAAAAUUGCACUCAAAGCCCAACAGCUUUACAAAGAUUUGGAUAAUAUUUCCCAUAUGCUGAUGGUUUGUGAUGUGCAUUGUGCUGCUGAUAAGAAACUGCAUGGGAAUGAGAUGGACUGGUAUGGCAUCCUUCAGAUUGAGCAGACAGCUGAUGAGGUUACAAUCAAGAAGCAGUACAAGAAGUUUGCUCUCUUACUUCAUCCCGACAAAAAUAAGUGCCCUGGUGCAGAGGCUGCUUUCAAGUUGAUUGGUGAAGCUCAAAGGGUGCUUUUGGACAAAGAAAAAAGGUCCUUGCUUGACAUUAAACGAAAAGCUUUUGUAAGUAGACCAGCACCAACAUACAGGCCCCAGCACCAAAUGCAAAACAAUUACAGAAGCAACUUUAUGGGCUUCAAUUCCCAACACCAGUACAUGCAGCAGCUAGCGGCUCAAAAUGGCCGCAAAACUUUCUGGACAGCUUGUCCAUUUUGUAAUAUGAAGUACCAGUAUUAUGUGGAAGUUAUGAACAAGUCUCUUAUUUGUCAAAAUUGUACUAAGCCCUUUACUGCAUAUGAGAGGAGUAUGCAUGGGCCCCCAACAGCAACUAACUUGAAUCAGUCAGCAUUUCCUGAAAGGAAUGAUAUGCCCAAUCGGGCUUUUAGCAAAGUGGAACUUACUCGUCAGGGCAAUUUAAGUGCUGAGCAAUCUAGAACAGAGUUCUUUCAGAAGAAAGGUUUCAGUGGCGAGUUAGGUUCACAAAAGGUAAAUAGCAAGAGACGGAGGACAAGGGAUCCAGAAUCAAGUGAAAGUUGUGACACUGAUAGCAGCAUUGACACUGAAGAAGAUAUGCUAGUUGAUGAAGAUGGUGAGUUUAAGGCAAGAGUGAAUUCAGGAUGCUAUGGAGAGUGCCCAAGGAGAUCUGGUCGGCAUAAGCAGCAGGUUUCUUAUAAGGAAAAUUUGAGUGAAGAUGAAGACUUUGUGACCCAAUCAAAGAAGGCCAAGGGGAGUGGAUCAUCCUAUGCCAGUGAAGAGCUGUGCAGAAAUGGAUUGAAGCACAGUUUCUUUCAAACAAAUAAGCAUUCUGGACUAGCUUCUGGUGUGAAAGAUCUGAAUGAGGAGAAACAAAAGAAAGGUCCAGAGAGCUUUCCAAUGAAGGACAUCAAGGAUGUAAAGGAAAAAGUAAAAGCAGAAGAAAAUGGGUGUAAGAAAAGUUCUGAGGCUCAUGGCAAUUUUGCAACAGAUUCAAGCUCCAAAUCCACAUCAGAUCCAGAGUUCUAUGAGUAUCCUGACCCAGAUUUCAGUGACUUUGAUGAGGGCCGGAAUGAAGGGUGUUUUUCAAUAGGACAGAUCUGGGCUGUUUAUGAUACCUUUGAUGCCAUGCCUAGGUUUUAUGCUCGAAUUAGGAAAGUUUUCUCUCCUGAGUUCAAACUGCGCAUAACCUGGCUGGAGCCAGACCCAGAUGAUGAAGAUGAAAUUGCAUGGGCCAAUGAGGGCUGGCCAACUCCUUGUGGUACGUUCAGAAAUGGACACUCUGAAAAUACUGAAUACCGUCUUAUGUUCUCCCAUAUGGUUAACUGGGAAAAAGGUAGCCAAAGGGACACUUAUAAGAUAUUUCCAAGAAAAGGGGAAACUUGGGCUGUCUUCAAGAACUGGGAUAUUAAAUGGAAGUCUGAUGCAGACCCUAGCAGGAAGUUUGAAUAUGAAUUUGUUGAAAUCUUGUCAGAAUAUACUGAGGAUGGCGGUGCAUGUGUUGCGUAUUUAGGCAAGUUGAAGGGCUUUGCAUGUCUUUUCUGUCGAACUAGCAAGAAAGGAAAUGACACAUUUCAAAUUCCUCCUGAUGAAUUAUUCCGCUUUUCCCACAUGAUUCCAUCAUUUAAAUUGACUGGCAAGGAAGGAGAAGGUGUUCCAAAGGGAUCUUUUGAACUUGAUCCAGCUUCUUUGCCCAAAAAUAUCGAAGAAAUUGUUGUCCCUGAAUAUAUGGUGGUUGACACUGGUAAUAGUUGUCCCAGUGAUUCGUGUACAGGAUCUUCAGAUGAAGUGAAACUGGAAGUGGAGCCUGAAGCAAGCACUUCUAUGCACCUGGCUGAUCUGAAGGGUGCUCAUCUAGAACCUGAAGUUGCCAAUGUCAAUGAGGAUCGUAGUACUCCCCCAGAUUCAACCCUGGAACCUAUUGAAAUUCCGGAAGCAGAGUUCUUCAACUUUGAAGCUGAGAAGUCCAUUGGAAAGUUUGAGGUUGGUCAGCUCUGGUCAUUGUACAGCAACGAGGAUGGCUUGCCGAAGUGCUAUGCUCAGAUCACAAAAAUUGCUUCUGGCCAGGAUUUCAAAUUGCAGCUUAGGUGGCUUGUUCCAUGUGCACUGCGUAAUGAUGUGAUUCAAUGGCAUGAUAAGGGUAUGCCUAUUUCUUGUGGAAGAUUUAGGACUCAAAAGGGUGAAUCACAAUCUUAUCCUUCUGCUAAAUUCUCUCAUAAAUUAAGUAUAGUACCUGCUGGCAAGAAAAAUGAAUAUAUCAUUUUGCCUAGAAAAGGUCAGGUUUGGGCAUUGUAUAAGAACUGGUCUGCUGAAAUUAAAUCUUCUGACUUGGGAAAAUGUGAAUAUGAGAUUGUGGAAGUCCUCGAGGAAAAUGACUUGGGGAUCAAAGUUUCCUUUUUGGAACAAGUUGAUGGUUUUAUCUCAGUUUUCAAGGCUCAGUUAAAGGAAGGAUCAGCUGUUACAAUGGAGGUUCUUCAUGUUGAGCUGCUUAGAUUCUCCUAUCGGAUCCCUGCUUUUCAACUAACAGAAGAGAGGGAUGGCAGCCUAAGAGGCUUCUGGGAACUUGACCCUUCAGCCCUACCAGGUUAUUAUUUUGCUAUGAAGUGACAUGGCAGGUUUAUUCUAAUGCCCAUCUUUUUGCUGUUGAACUUUAUAGUAUCAACCAGAGUGGGCAUGUUUCGUGAAUGCUGAUUUAGAAACAGAUUUUGAUUCCCAGUUACUGCAACGGUGCGUAGAUGCUAAGCCUGUUCUCGGUUACAUCAUCGCAUCAUCUGUGCUCUGGAGUUGCCUUUGGAAGUUGGAUUUGUUCAUUUUUGUUUCCGAUGGUAUGCAGUUCUAUUUCAUUUGACAUUUUCUUGUAAAAUCUCGUCUUCUAAGAUACUUAUAUUAGCUCUUUUCUUUUUUUUUUUUUUUUUUUUUUUUUUUAUAGAGAUGAAAUGCAAGCGGACCCACUUUCUUUUUAUUUAUUUAAAUAGUUUUAUUUUAGGGGAAUUAUGGUGGGCGAAGUUCAGCUCUAUCAUUUGUGAAAUUGCAAAUGCAUUGGUGGGCGAAGUAGCUCUUAUGA